AUGGAGCAGACAGAUUCGAUUACUCCUUCCGAUCGUCAAAGUGGCCCAAAACACAACCAAAAGUCUGGCCAACAAGAGGCAGAUACCACGAUGGCUAAUGACGUUGACCCAUCAGCCCCUGCUGCGGCCCCUCCAGAGUCGGUAGAAAGAACUUCUAAGAGUGGUUCUUGUUCGAGGAAGAGCAGGCAGCAGAAGAAGAAAAAGGAGAGGAGUCAAGAAACCAAGCCAGCUUCGAUGAAAGAUGAAGCUGAGACUUCUAGCAUUGCUAGUGAAGACGAAUCUACUUCAGAUGAUGAUCAAGCCUCGGAAACCACAACCCUGACUCCCAAGCAUUAUUCAGGAGUUAAUGGCGCAAGCAAGAGCAAGAAGGAACGAACCAACGGUGCCUUUUCUAAAAAGAAGACUUCCAAGGCUUCCACUAAGAAGCAGAAGAAGCCAAAGAAGAAAAAGAACAAGACAGGCAGUUGCUCUGACACCGCGUCUGAUUCCGACAGCGAUUUAGAUUCCUCCGAUCCCGAAUCCUCUGAUAAUGAGGACCUUGCUGAGAAAAAUGACCGAACCAAGUCUUCUUCAGGCCUCGAGGGCCAACUUAGGGCGCUCGAACUCCAGUUUGCUCAACUGCAACAUCAGCUGGGUAACUCUAAUGGUCUUGCUCCACCGGUUAACCCAAGCGCUUUUGCUCAACUACCCAAUCCAACCCCAAGCGCUUUUGCCUCGUUUGGUUCUUCGGCUCCGCCGUAUUCUCUCCAAAAUGCUCUGGCUUCGCAGGCAGCUGGUCUCGAUCCACUGUUCGGUCGUCGUCGAUCAACUGCUGUUCGCCCUAAUCGUGGCGGACGUCGACCCAUGCAACUUUCAGCAGUGCCAACUCUCGAAGGCAGUGAUCCAGAUAGUAUCACCAAUGAUUAUUUGCGUGGCGAGUUGAGGGUUAAGGGUAAAAAACCUAAGGGUCCUGCCUUUAAACGCGUGGAUCAGGUGUGGGACAACAGCAUACACAAUUUCAAACUUCAGGACACAGCCGACACAGACACCGAUUCCCAGUACGACGAAUACAUCUUUCAUGUUAGGAGGAAGUUCGACUGGGAGGGCAAGCAUGUAGCAACUGUUGUCGACAUCAAGAGCAAGUUGCUUCGGGAAUGUCUACAGGACGUUAUCGGCAACGCGGAAGGCAUCAGCCUGGUAGACGAAACACCAAAAAUGAAUCCUGAGGUCCUCUUCUUGUACCUGGAAGACCUCCGUGAUCAUUUGAAGGCACUACGCAAAGCCAAACCUGCUGGCAAGUCCAAGAAGAGUCAGAAGAAAAAUAAAAGUCUACUCAAGGAAAAGAAACAGCAUCUCAAGAUACUUAUCAAGUAUCUUGACCAUGACUUUGAAACCACAAAGGAAAGUCUCUAUCCUAUGCUCAAGAAUGGCCUCAUUACAUUUGAGCUACUUUGGGCUUUGUGGAAACCGGAUACACUUGUCUAUGCCACAACGUACGGAAACGCAAGUGAGCCACGAGUUUUCAAGGUCGAAUCAGCACACCUACACCACAGCGUUAUGAGAGGCAGCUAUUAUCACGUUGAAGGAAAAUAUAUGGAAUUCGAUGGUAAGCGUUUUGGUUAUGGGAAUACAUCAGUCGAGAUAGACGGGUUCCAGGGCGCCAAGAAGAUCAAGAGUCUUCCUUGUUAUCCGCUUCAAUAUCACCAUAACGAGCAGAAGCUCCGACUUGAUUUGAUCGAAAGAGGCAAGAAGUUUGCGUCAUUGAGUGGUGUCCAUUACAAGAGCUACAAGGGCAUCGCCUUCAUGAAGCGCAGGAAUGGCUCGGUAAUGAAGUUCAACAUUCAGUCCAGCAGAGUCAUGAUUGACCCGACUAUCUUCAGGAGGACCAACCCCAACUACAACGUCUCGACUGUUAAGCCCAAGGACCCCGACAUCAUCGAGGAAGAGACUUCGGAAUCAGAUUCCGGGAACUGUGCGUGUGGCUCAGAUUCGGAGGGCGCAGAAAUGGUGAAGUUUGUCAAGAAAGUCUACAAGGACGAGAACGGCGAAGUACAUAUGGUCAGCUUUCCUAAAAGCUUGGUUAAGGAUGAGCCCGGAAACCCCGAACUCGAUGAACUCCCCUCCAAAAAUGUGGAAAGUGAUGAUGAAGAGGACAUGGAAAUCGUCGAUUUCACUGAUGAGGAUUAUCUCAUUGCCUCUCCAGUGGUACUUGGUUUCUCAUUUUCAGAAAAGCAAUGGUUGGAGUUCGCCGUUUCCUGCGUCAAUGAAAUCAAAUGGAAUGAGAAGGCGUGGGACUCCCUGGUUCUGGAAGAUGGCACCAAGGACCUGAUCAAGGCCCUUGUGAAGUCACGCAAAUAUCACGCGGCUAACACUAUCGAUGAUGUUAUACAGGGCAAGGGAAAGGGGCUCGUCACCGUCCUACACGGACCUCCUGGAACUGGCAAGACACUCACGGCCGAAGGAAUCGGAGAAUUGCUCCAGUGCCCACUUUAUAUGGUAUCGGCUGGCGAGUUAGGAACAGACUCGAGGUUUCUGGAGGCUGAGUUACAAAAGAUACUGGACAUUUGCCAUGCCUGGGGUGCUAUCCUUCUUCUUGAUGAGGCAGACGUAUUUCUGGAAAAGCGUAACAUGCACGACAUCCAUCGCAAUGCCCUCGUGAGCAUUUUCCUUCGCCAGCUGGAGUAUUUCCAGGGAAUUUUAUUUCUGACGACGAAUCGAGUAGAAACUUUCGACGAAGCCUUCCAGUCCCGAAUUCACAUCGCCUUGCGAUAUGACAAUCUCAAGUCUCCUGCAAAGCGGGCCAUCUUUAAGAUGUUCCUCGACCGUGUUCAUAAGCUGGGCAAGCUCAAGGUCGAACCAUUGACUGAGGAUGAUCUGGACAUACUAUCGAAGCAAGCUCUGAAUGGACGCGAAAUCAAGAACGUGGUGGGCUCGGCUCAGGAUCUCGCCGUUAACAAGGGUGAGGCCCUUAGCAUGCGCCACAUCAGACAGGUUCUUGACGUUCAUGCCAAAUUUGGGCGGGAUUUGAAAGGAGGAUCUGGUUAUGAAGAUGCUAUGAGAAGCUACUUCUAG